AUGGCGGAAUUCCGCAAGCAUUCAUGCGAAGAUUGUCAACGGCUCUUUCGCAGACCGUCUGAACUCGAGAGACAUCGGGAAAAGGUGCACGGAGAUUCUCCUUAUCUCUUCUGCCAACACGAAAACUGCUCCUUCAAGUCACCCUACUACCGAAGUCUGGCCAGACACAUCGAGCAGAAACACCGGUGCACGAAAAGCGAGUCGAAAAGAAAAGGAGGAGCAGCCCAAAUACGAGCUGACGAAAGACUGAAGAUGAAUAAAGCGGCAACAAUGCAGUGGUUAGAUCAGGACCAGGAUGACGAAGACAGUUGCAAGAUUGGAGAGAUGUGA